AUGGCAAGCAUAGCUAUCACAGAGACUAUUUCAACUGCAGAGGUUACCUCACCUGAUUUUGCAGAUAUCAAACGCAAGUUCGAUAUGACGCUUGAAAAGACCAUGGUCAGCCAAUCUGUAGGAAUGUUCGACCCCCAGAAGCACAUCGACUUCAAGCCACCAUCUAAGUGCUACACCAUGAACGACAUCAAAUUGCGCGACUCGCCCCUGUCGGGCUUUGCUGUGUCCGAACCAUUCCAGCUUUUUACGCCCGAGGCUGUGAAGCGCAUGCGAGCAGAGAUAUUCAGCCCAGAAGUCAUGGAAAACUUUUCGUAUGCGAGCAAUCUCGCCGAGUGUCAGCUUAGGGGCUAUGCUGCUAGCGCCGCUCCUUUCAUCUAUGACACGUGGAAACAUCCAGAUACGCUUGCAAUCAUAUCGAAGAUCGCCGGCAUUGAACUGGUGCCAGAAAUGGACUUUGAGAUUGCCCACAUCAAUCUCUCGAGCAAGAGUGAGGCCCAAAAAGCUGAGGAACUUGCCACCGUUCGUGAGCGCCAACUGACCGAGGAAGAUGAGGGCAUUGCUGGCUGUCCCUGGGAGGAUGACAAGCCGAUCGUAGGCUGGCACACGGACUCGUAUCCUUUUGUGUGUGUUACCAUGCUAAGCGACUGCACGGAUAUGGUCGGCGGCGAGACUGCUCUACGCACUGGAGAUGGUGAGAUGAGGAAAGUCCGCGGGCCUGACCAAGGAUGUGCGGUAAUUCUGCAAGGCCGAUACAUCGAGCACGCCGCUCUCCGCUGUUUCGGUCAAACUGAACGCAUCACAUCCGUCACGUCAUUCCGGCCAAAGCAUCCCUCUUAUCCAGAUGAUUCCGUACUGACCACAGUCCGCCCUAUUUCUGACUUAUCCGAGUUGUAUUUCCAAUUUUCUGAGUAUCGCCUCGAGAUGCUGGAGGAGCGUCUCCGAGAUCAACUAAAGAUUCUCCGCGAUAAUCAGCGCGGCAAGAAAAAGUUCCAAACUUCUGCUAUGAAGACCUUCCUUAAGGAGCAGGAACUCUUCUUGGCUCAUAUGAAUGAGCAAUUGCUCCCUGAUGAGCAAGUUACGAAAGGCCACAUUCACCAGGACAUUGACCAGAACGAGGAGCAGUUUAAGCGACGGAAACUAAGCGAGUCGAAAUGA